CUGUCAGAGGCGUUUGAACCACCUGACUCGGCCUUGGGGGCGGGCUUGGGGCUUGUGCGUGACGCCGAGCGGCUCAGCGCUGUUCAUUCGCGCGCGUUUGUCCACCGCGUCCCCGAGCGUCUCCGGAGCCGGCUCUGCUCAGGCGCCAAGGACGCGCGCGGAGCCAGCCCGCCUGCCCUGCCCAGCAGCCCAGACCGAAGCGGGUCCCGAGGGAGCACCUGUGGUGCCAUGAUGCUGCCUCUGAGCACCAUCGAGGGCCAGGAGACCGAGGAGGUGCAGACCAGGCCUCCAGAGAAAGGAGUCUUGCUUUCUGUGAAGGCUGAUGUUCCGCGAAAGAAGUCCAAGAGAAUGAAGGGAACGGUGUCCUUCAGAGUCCUGCCGUUCUGCCCCGUGGUCCCCUGGACUUCUUCGGAGCCAGCCCUGCCCGGGCCCCCAGGACAAGCGGUGAGCAAGACCGCGCGCUCCAGCCCAGACGCCCAGACCGAGCCGGGGUCCGGAGGGAGCACCUGUGGUGCCAUGAUGCUGCCUCUGAGCACCAUCGAGGGCCAGGAGACCGAGGAGGUGCAGACCAGGCCUCCGGAGAAAGGAGCCCUGCUUUCUGAGAACCCUGAUGAGCCUCGAAAGAAGCCCAGAGGAAUGAAGGGAAGACUGUCUUUCAAUGUCCUGCCGUUCUGUCCCAUGCCGAGUGUCUGCUUCACCUAUUACGUGGAACCCGAUGACCCCGAGCCCGAGCCCCAGGUGGCUCCUGACGCUUCGAAAUCGGACCCGAAUUGCAGCUUCGUCCCUCUGCCUGUGCUGGAGUUCCGCGAGGUCAAGGUGUGCGAGUGCCCCCUGUGCUGCCUCAGCUUCGUCACUGCUUCCUAAACCCGAGGGCCCUCCGCUUCCCGCUCCUGACCGCGCGCGCCCGAAUCAUGCAUGCUGGGCUACCGUGAUGUAGAAUCCCCCAAUAUAGCGGCUUCAAUAAACCCAACUUGCAGUCGCUCUCAA